AUGACAACAGCUCCUUUGAUCGCAUACCCCAUAAUGGAAGUCCCAGCUACGGGUGAUUCUAUGGAGAUGGCCUCGCCUUAUCUAGGGCAGGCUGACGAUUUUGACAUCGACAUCGACCUCAUGGAGGACCAUGUCUCGAACAUGGACAGUGAUAUGAUGGGUGCAGAUGAAUUUACUAGUACCGCUCAGCCUAACGAACUCAACGAUGACGCGAUCUACGAUGCCGACAUGGCCGAUGAACCCUCGGAAGGGUCGAUGAUCGACGCUGGCAACUUCGCCGAUGAAGACAACGAUAUUGACGUGCAAUUUGAGGAGGAGCCAUACGAAGAAGAAAUGAUUGAGACUGAGCAGGCCGGAGACAUGAAUAUUGCCGCCCCUGUCAUUCAUCUUGAACCUGCGGGCGGCAAUGAAGACGCUGCCAGCCUCAUUAAGGAGGAUGCCACAGUCACAACUGUGGAACCCCUCAAAGCAGCACCUCAAGACACAAGUGGCUCUUUGGAAGUUGCCCCCGUUCAAGAUGAAACUCAGGCUUCCGGAGUUGAGAGGCCAGACACGCAGGCCCAGCUGAGCACGGCUGUUGAUGAUCACCUGGCUGAGGAACCAUCCGAAACCGUCAUCAGUCCCGAAACCGGCGGUCACAAUGGAAAGCAAGAGCUUGGCGAAGAGGCUAACGAAGUAUCACAAUCUUCUGUGUCAGAGACUAAGGCAACUCAAGUUCCCAACGAUGACCCGGAGGCCAGCCAAAUCACACAUUCCAUCGAACAUCCCCACAUUGAUGACGCUGUGCCAGACGUGCAGCCUGGGUCUGAGGGAAAUCACCAGGUUGCAGAUGAGGAUGAAUCUCUCCAACAAGCCGCAUACGUAGAUGAGCCUGUUCAUCCAGUCAAAAUUCUCUACCAGGACUGCGAAAUCGCUCUGUUCCCUCCCCUUGAGGGAGACUUGGCGGAUACGUUCUUCAUUGAGGAUGAAGCUCUAGCUUAUGAAAAUAUUGAUCAAAUAUUCAAGGCUCUGCGCCAGGUGCUUCAAAAAACAAUGGCAGGCAAUGAGGUCCUGGUCAUCGAUAUUGACACCCUCGGUAUCCAAAUGACAGAGGACUCAUUUCAUACUUCUCAAGUUACGUUGCAUCAGAUACUAGAUCUUUAUCUUAGACUUUGUCGUAAUGAUGGCACCACCGAGCCCGAUGCCCUUUAUCUUACACUGAGCACCAAGCGUGCGUUCCCGGCUGAGAUUGCAGAUCUCAAUGACGCUGCGAUUGAGGGCAAGAAACUUUCUGAACUUCAUUCCGAACUUCAAUCAUGGGAUGAAUAUGAUGAAGCUGAGGCAGGUUCCGAUGAGGAUCUUGGCGCCCAUGGGGCUGAGGAGCACGAAGACGAAGUCUACUACACCAAUGAGGCUCAAAAAGAGCUUUCGAUCACGCAAGUGCAAACCGCUCCAGCACCCGGAGAAGAGCAGGCGCUAGAUAGCGAACAGUCUCAGGCCCAGCCCAAAGUCGUCUCUAACGCUCAACCAGAGAUUUUGCAUGCGCAGGAUGAGGAUAGAUCUACUUCUCGUGAGCGGAGUGCCGAGGCUGCACCUGAGUCUGAAUCUCAUCUAGCCCUGCCUGAGCAGCCCGAGAACAAAGAGUUAGAUCACUUCGAUGUGUCUCGCCAUCUCGAAAAAGACCCAGAGCAAGAACACGACCAUGGCCAUGCUGAUAUGAACGAAGAGCACUACGAUUCUGAGGACCGGCAGAGUGAUUCUACUGCCACGGUAGCUGCAAUGCCUGGCGCAAGCGAGAUCAAAGAGUAUACCCAGCAUGUCUCUCCGGACGUUGCCGCGGACGCCGGUAGAAAUCAAAACGACGACGAGAACUAUUACGGAGAGGACCUUGAGAACGAUGAUCAGGGAGCCGAGGAAUAUUACGAGCACGAAGACAUCGGCUCAGUCGAUGAUUCAGAAACCUUCCAAAAAGAUAUCACUGGCAGUGAAAAUGCUGAUGUUGAUGCUCAAGAACCAGCUGAUCAGCCAUUUGUCCUUGAUGAAGAGGACGCAGAUGAGUUAGAUGCCCCGCCGACAGAUGAAGUUGUUUCAGAAAUUCUCCUGCGGGAUGAAACCAACCACCCUUCCCAUGAACAGCCGGCACGGCCACUUGACGUCGGCUUGCAUGAUGCAUCUGACAAGAAGGAGCAAACACCAGAGCCCGCAGAUGAUUUACUUGGAAUCGCUGUAGACCUGAUGCAGACUCCUCCGAAGGAUACAGAGAACGAUGCGCUUGAUCACUUCGAGGGCAUAGACUACGACGAGCCUGAGGAUGAGCUCGAUGCUCCUGUUGCAGCUGAUGAUGAGGGUGCCGAUCACGAGUUUGACGAGAACCAUUUUGGCGACUAUGAUACCCAUUUUGAAGAAUCGGAGGCUGUAGAGCUGGCUGGAACAGACCCUUCCUUGACAGACCCCCAAACGAACCAGAGCUUGUCUGCCAAACGGUCUCGCGAAGAUGAAGACGACUGGGACCUGGUGGAAACCACCGCUGACGCCAAACGUCGCCGCUCUUCGUAA